CUAAGCUAAAGAUGUUUUGAGCAAAUUCCAAUUCUGAGCAAAUUCUGAAGGCCUAGAGACUGGAAAUGGCGGAGGAGGAGAAGAAGAGCAGAGUUUUGGUGAUCGGAGCGACAGGGAGAAUGGGGCAGGAGCUCGUGAAGGCGAGCUUAGUGGCUGGCCACCCCACCCUUGCCGUUGCACGUGAAUCCGCCUUCUCCGUCCCCCACAAAGCAUCUCUCCUCCGCUCAUUCGUCGAUUCCGGUGUUACUGUCCUCAAGGUGUCUCUAAGUGAUUAUGCAAAUCUUCUUGAAGCUGUGAAACAAGCGGACAUUGUAAUUUCUGCACUUCCAGCUGCUCAAUAUCUUGAACAAAAGAUUCUAAUUCAUGCUAUAAAGGAAGCCGGGUGUGUCCGAAGGUUCAUUCCUUCAGAAUUUGGAGCUGACCCUGAUAAAGUACAAAUCUUGGACAUGGACAUGGGCUUUUACAAGAAGAAAGCAGAAAUUCGACGACUUAUUGAGAGUGAAGGAAUCCCCCACACAUACAUUUCAUGCAACUUUUUCAUGACCUAUUUGCUUCCAUCACUUGUGCAACCCGGCUCUAAGAUUCCUCCCAGAGAUAAAGUAAAAAUCUAUGGCAAUGGAAAUUCUAAAGCUGUCUUCGUUAAGGAGUCCGAUGUUGCUGCUUUCACAAUUUCUAGCAUUGAUGAUCCAAGGACUUUGAAUAAGGUAUUAUACCUGAGACCACCUGGUAACGUUGUCUCAAUGAAUGACCUUGUGGACCUUUGGGAGAUGAAAAUAACAAAGAACCUUCAGAAGGAUUAUAUUCCGGAGGAGAAGCUUCUUAAGAACAUUCAAGAUAUGCCAUAUCCAGACAAUAUGGAGUUGGUUUUUAUAUAUUCUGCAUUUAUUAAAGGUGAUCACACCUACUUUAACAUUGACGAAGCUGGCGUUGAUGCAAUCAGAUUAUAUCCAAAUGUUAAAUACACUACUGUGAGUCAAUUCCUUGAUACCCUUUUGUAGACCAGUGCAUCUAUUGGAUCAGAUAUCUUGUUGCAUGAUUUUAUUGCAACUUCUUAUCCGCAUCAAUGCUGUAGAGUUUGAAUUCAAUUCCUUUUGAUUGGAUGCCAAGUUGAAGCUGCAAUUUUAUUUUUAAGAUCAA